AUGUCCUCCGGGCUCUCCGAACCCGGCUGGUCGCCCGAGAACGUCGACAGACUCCUCCAUCAUCUCACCCGGAUCGAAGACCGUCUCCGCCAACUCUUCGCCCUCGCGGUAAUCUUCUCCUUCGGAUCCCUGCUCGUCAAGUUCCUGACCGCGACGACGACACCAGGACAAGCACAGAGCCAACCCUCGGAUGGAAACAACAAGAAGAAGAUAAAAUUUGCAAAUGGAGCAUUACCACCACCCCCGCCGGUCUUGAGGGCUUCGGAGCAUCUCAACGAUGGCAAGCGACACCUCUUACUCGCGGCGACGGGAUCCGUGGCGACGAUUAAAAUUCCCAAUAUCAUCCAAUCGCUCUCCCGACAUCGCAAUCUCGCGAUCCGAGUCCUCCUCACCGACAGCGCGGCGGAAUUCCUCCAAGGGCAAUCAGAUGGUAUAUCUACACUUCCCCCACCCAUCACCAAAAAAAAAAAAAAAAAACUUCAAAAUACCCCCUCCCCUCCCCUCCCCUUGCACAUUUCCCAAAAAUUUCUAAAUCUUUCUUCCUCUCCCAGAACAACCCUCCCUCACCACCCUCUCCCGCCUCCCCAACGUCGAAGCGAUCCACCUCGACCGCGACGAAUGGCAGCCCCCCUGGACCCGCGCCGCCCCAAUCCUACACAUCGAACUGCGCCGCUGGGCGGAUCUCAUGUGCAUCGCGCCCCUAUCGGCGAAUUCGCUCGCGAAAAUCGCACUCGGCUUGUCCGAUCACCUCGUCGCUUCGGUGGCGCGGGCGUGGGAUACCACGGGGUUGAUUGAUCCCGUGCGGCGUCGUCUUCCCGGAGGAGGAGUUGCAAGCGGGAAGGGGGAGAAGAAGGUGAAGGGUAUGAUUGUUGCUCCGGCGAUGAAUACGGCCAUGUGGAAUCAUCCCGUGACGAGGCGGCAUGUGGCAGUUCUGGAAGAGGAAUGGGGGGAGUGGGUGGAGGUUUUGCGGCCGGUGGAGAAGGAUUUGGCGUGUGGGGAUGUCGGGGGUGGGGCGAUGAGGGAGUGGUGAGUUCUUUUUUUUAAAAAAAAAAAUUGUUCUUUCUUAGUUUCUUUUGUUUUGUUUGUUUGGAACGAGAGGAUUUACUGACGGAAUUGAGGCAUCAGGAAAGAAAUCGUCUCGGUGAUAGAAGAGAGAUUACGACUGCACGACGACGAUUGA